CGAACCGAAUCAGCCGACAGCCAGACCGUAAUAAGCCAACUUGUGAGAAACAGUAAAAUAAUUCUGAACUUUUCUUCUUUCACUGCUGUCGUGUCUACCCGCCUGUCACUUCAUGUAGUAUGGAAGAUACUGUGAAGAGACUGGAGCUGCUGCUGGGUAAAGCAGAGACUAACCUUGAUGAAUUGUCCUGUAAGGUUGACCAUGAGUACCAGGCUUUGAGCAACACUCAGCAGUCCGUUUCACAGGCACCUAGUCACGUGUUGGGCAGCGUGCAGGGGCUGAGGAAGGAGCUUGCUGAGCUGGCCUCAGAAGUGGAGGGAAUCCAGAAGCAGCAGCUAGAGGCCAUGUCUAUGGUGGAGUCACAGCUCAAGACAUUGUGUGGUCAAUUUGAUGAACUCAGUGGUGUAGUGGGGCAGCUGGAGCAGCAGCCACAGCAAGGUGAAGAAGCGCCUUGAGUUAUAAGGGGUCAUGGGGGAUGAGAAGAACUUUCGGUCUCAGUUCUACAAGAAGGUUGGGCUGCGGGAAGUGGAGGAAAAGCGGGCACUGGAGGCUCUCCUGAAAGAACAACCCUUAGAUUUGGAGCGUCUGACCAACUUUUGUUGGCGUUCAUCUGUGCCAGCAGCUCACCGCCACCUGGUGUGGAAGUUGCUGCUGCAGGUGGUCCCACGCCAUGCUGAGUCCCACGACUAUGUGCGGCAGCAGCAGCGUCUGGCCUAUGAGGAGUUGUGGCGUGCCGUCUCUGCUCUUGGGCUGACUGGCUACACAGAUAUCUCUCCUGUCGGUAAUACCACGGAUGGCCUCUUUGAGUACCACAACCACAACUAUUAUCACCAUCCCCGACGUGGUGGGUCAGGGCCAGAAGCUCCGCGCCCUGAGGACCAGCUAUUCAUGUGGCUAGUAAGCCGUGGGCAGCUGCUGCAUCCCCCAAGGGAACUGUUGAGGCAGCCUGAGAGUCAGCAAUUUUUGGCCAUCGUUCGCAAGACAGCUGGCCUCAUGGACUGCCCUGUGGAUGUUUUCUGGGUCAGCUCAUCUGUGUGGGCAUUGCUGAGGGACAACCGAGCAGCAGUGGCAGCUGCUGUGACAGAGGCGGCCGGCACUGUGCGACGGGAGCACCCAGCCCUCCACUACCACCUGGUAUGCAGUGGCAUCUUCUCCAGCGGACUACUAACAGAGCUGUGCCUCAGCCUGUUCUAUGAUGUAUUCCCAGAAAGUGCCAUGGAGAAAGUCUUAGACAAGGUAGUGGCAGGAGCCUUUGGUAUAUUGGGUUGCCUUACUGCUGCCCUCCUCCUCCACCUCCAGCAACCCCUCAUCACUGCUGCCACUGCUAUGGGUGUCAAGAGUGUGCUUAGCAACAUGCGCAAAGAAGAAGCAGAGAUGGUGGUGGCCGCAGCCCUGGAACAGUGGCUCAAGGCAGGGGCAGACCGCAAGUAGUGUGUGUGUGUGUGUGUGUGUGUGUGUGUGUGUGUGUGUGUGUGUGUGUGUGUGUGUGUGUGUGUGUGUGUGUGUGUGUGUGUGUGUAUGUAUGUGUUUAGGGCCCUGAUUAAUCAUUGUGAGUCUGCGGUGUUUUACUGUGUGACCCACAGAUUUGGUUAAUGUGAUUUGAACUCUUUCACAGGCCUGAACUGCAUGACAAGAACCAUGAACAUUUUUUUACAAUGGUAUUGGAUUGAAAAUUUUUUAAUAACCUCUUUGUAUGUGCUCACAUUUUCUCUUUUCAUAGCUGUGCCAUUGAGUGUUUAUGAUGGGAUAUUGGUGUAUUGUACUGUACCUGCUUGAGUUUGGGAACAAACAAUAAAGAAAUUCAUUUUA